AUGUCCGUUUCGGUACAGACUCGGAGCGCCUUAUCUGCCAGCAAUCACCCCAAGCUUAGACUCCAGAAUCCCUCCUCGCAAUCCUCCUUUCGCUCCAUUCGACAUGGACAAUACAAGCCAAUCCACCCAAUCCAUAUUCCCACUCUCUCCAUGCAACACAUACACUUACACAAACACACACACGGUGCAUUCAGCACCAAGGUGAUGCUAGACUUGAGAAGAUUGGCCUACAUCUCCGGCCUGCAUAUCACCGGUCACAUAAUGAGCGAACGAUGUGCACCGUUGGCAAGCUCGUUGAUCACCUCGUGCCAAAAUAAGGAGUCGCUGAAGGAAUGUGUACUCUUCACGACAACACGACAACAAGAGUGUAUUUCGUCUCGUGUGGCAGCAGCACAUCAUACAGUAGAAGGCUUUCUGUGGGCCAAAAGAUUUCCAAAAGCAGCUGUGCCGAGCCGCUUUGAUGCCGACUUUUUCUCGAUACGCUCGCAGACUCCUUGUCUCAAUCCGCUAGUCAGUGUCUGGGUGGGCGGGAGUCGCAGGCGGCCCGGGCGGCUGCAUGGCAGACUCACACGCCAGCGCCGUUCUGCAGAGCAGCGAGAGUCCACUUGCGCUGGAGCCAGUCAGGCGGGAGCGUCUGACCCUCCGGCAGCGUUCUAG